UAGGCUUUGUUUUUAGUCCGUAACUGCGUGAUAACUAUUUAGAACUUAAGCAAUGUGUGAAGAAAAUAAAUAGGGAAAAUAAUGUCUCUAAAAGCAUACCAAGAAGCCUGUGAUAGGGCUGAGCUAUUCGGUCAACCUAAACCUAAUAAAGAGGAGUUUUUGGAAAAGCACAAACAUCUAGAUGUGAAUGAAUUCGAAGAAAUCGACAUAAAAAUGGCAGAGAACACAGCAAUGCUCAACGAAGAUUUGCAAGACCUGAGCGGAGGUCUCACAGAGUUGAACUCUAUUUUGUCAUCGACGCAAACCAAAUUAAAUCGACUAAAGGGUGUAUGCGGAAGCGUUACGAGCUUCUUUCGGCUAAAACUCAACGCGAAGGACAACCUAUCGUAUUCCAGCGAUCAGAGCUACAUCGGCCAAACUAAUUUCGACCGGGACGCCGUGCCGACGGACUUGGGUUCCGUGAACACGGGACUCGGGCCGAACGACAACGAGAUGACAGUAAAAAAAAAUACCGGUGACAUAAACUCCGCGCUGUCAGAUUUGAAGGCGAUGGAGGUGGCAGAGAAUACUUCUCUUUUUGGCAAAGUGCAAAAGCACGAGCACGAAAGGCAGCUGACAUCGCAAGUUAGUAAGCUGGACAACAUGAUCAUACAGGCGGAACGAGCAGAGACGUCGCUGAGGAGCCAGAAUAAGCAGAUGAGAGCGUUUCUAAGAUAAUUUGGCUGAUAGAACCAUACAAUAAAAGAGGGAAAGAGAUAAAGCUAGAGGGGGUGCGUCUAACUAAGCGCUCAAAAUGCUGAAAAUACUCUUGAAACAGGAACCUAGAACUGGAAAAACCGCAGCAUGAGCGUUAUCGUUGUGGGCGCUUAGUGGAACGCACACGGAUGGGAAUACUAUUUAAUAGGCGCCUCUACACGUAGCCGUAGGUGUGCCUGCCAUUCACCCACUUGACGUCAAGAGACGUCUGCAGAUGCGUUUGCCAACGUGUAUCUAGAUGGCUUUAGAAGAAUAUGAAAAGGACAAAUGACAAUAGCCGCUUAAUAAAGUUUUUUAAAAAGAAACAUAAAAAUCUCGAAGUGGCUUAGGUUUAACAGAAACUAAGUUUUUCGAGAGACUUUUUUAAAAUGUUUUAAUGAAAUAAGGGG